AUGAAGAGCCCGCCCGCCGCCCCGGCCGCCGGCGCCUACUCCGCCGUGUCGCGCAAGCUCAUGGCGUCCAUGGGCUGGACCGAGGGCAAGGGCCUCGGCAAGCACGAGCAGGGCGCCGAGCGCCACGUCGAGCACCGGAAGCGCGGCGACAACGUGGGCUUGGGUGCGGACGCGACGGUGGAGGCCCAGUUCGCCGCGGGCCUGCACAAGGGCUCGGCCAAGGCCGCGUUCGGCGACCAGGGCUGGGUCGACGCCUUCGCCGGCGCGCUCGACGCCAUGAACGACCGCCACGGUUCGAAGAAGGCGAAGAAGGCGAAGAAGAAGGCGAAACCAGCGAAGAAGGACUCCUCCCAAAAUUUCCUCGACGAGUGCUUCGCGGCGACGGGCGGCGCGCGCCUCGGCAUGCGCGCGCAGCGCAGCGGCGGCGGCAAGCUCCGGCGCGCCGAGGCCGUCCCCGCGAAGCGCGCGCGCGACGAGACGCCGGAGGAGCGCAAGGAGCGGAAGCUCCGGAAGAAGCGGCGGCGCGAGGCGCGUAAAAGCUUGUGA